GCAUGGGUGGAUUCCCACACUGAAUGCUAAGAUUGAUGGCAAGUCACAGCACUGCCUUUUAUCUUUUAGAAGCUGGCUUAUUUUUUUUCCAUGGGCUGCAAAUGAACUCUGCCUACAGGAAACAGAUUGUAAAACUGGCUCCAAGGCCUAAACUUCACAUUUCAGCCCUCUGCUUUAUGGAUUUUUGAUUCAAUCCUUUGGUAAAGGAGAUGAAGGUGGCUUUAUUUUUUUUUCCAAUUUUCCAACAGCAGGUCAAGCUGCUGCCUGUACUGCAAGACAUUGUGGAAAUCAAGAUAAGGACUUCUAUGACCAUAUGCAAACCAUAGCUGACGGCAGAAUUGUUCUUUUCAGUACAAUGUAUGGUAGCUGUGUUCAUAUCCUUUCUAAGAGCAAGGUUUGUUUGUGUGACAGCAACGUGGAAACUAAUUGAUGCAUAGCAGCAGCAGGCAUGCGAGGGAGUCAGCUUCCACCAGAGGACAUUGGAAAAGCAAAUCUCCACUCAUGCUGACAGACAGGAGGUUAGAUGGUGUGAGCAAAAUCCGCCUUCCUCCUCUGGAGUUCCCCAAGUUGUCUUCCUGUGAUCACAGCAGAGUAUUACAGGCUGUGGAUUCUGAAUCAAAGAACAGUUACAUAGGAAGCUUUCUUCAGCCACCAAAUGAGAUGCUUCCUGCAGCUUUUGCUUCUACAGAACCAAAGAAGUUGGCAGCUGUUGGUAGUGCCAGGCCUUCUAUGCCCAAUCACCAAGCUGUGGUGGCAGCCCUGAAAACUCUGCAAGAAAAGAUCUGCCGACUAGAGCUGGAGAAGUCCCAGGCUGAAGAUAAUCUGUGCAGCCUCUCCAUAGCAGCUGCUCAGCAUAAGAAGGCCUUAGAGUGUGAAUCCCACAAAAAGAACAUAGCACACCAAGGACUGAUGCAAGAGAGGGAAGAUGUAAGAGCGCAGCUAAAUGCAGCUCAAUCUCGCUGCUCCCUGCUGGAGAAACAGCUGGAUUACAUGAGGAAAAUGGUUCACAGCGCAGAACUGGAAAGGAAAAAGGUUUUGGAACAACAGGCCAAGCUUCAGAAAGAGGAAGAUCAGAAGUGGUUGGAACUGCAUGCAAAAGUUGAAAAGCUUGAAAUGCUGGAGAAAGAGUGCCUCAAACUUAGUGCUGCUCAGAGAACUGCAGAAGAGAAGAUCAAAUGCUUGGAAGAGAAGCUUUGGAAAGAAGAGCAUCAGUGUGAGCAAAUAAAAGACAAAGCUGCUCAGCCUCAAACAAGAUUUGAAAGAAACAGAAUUUUAGUGCCUGCAACAUCUCAAAGUGAACCUAGCAGGGGAAAUGGGAAGAAGAAAAAAAAGAAGGUGGUGCAGAAAUUAAAGAGAGAAACUCAGGAACUGAAGCAAGGAGCAGCUCAUGUCAGAUUUAAGUGUGGUGAUCAAAAGGAAGCGAAGGAGAUUGUAAGAGAAAAUGUGCCUAAGUCUUGGCCUGGGCAGAAAAGCAGAAGCUCUCUUCAGCUGCUGAAAACAGUGCAGGAGCUUCAGGCAAGACUGAAGCAUGACAGCACCUGAGAGCAGUAGUUCUGGGAUUUACUGCCAUAGAAGUUUGUGAAGCUGGCUGACAGCCAGGACAGUUUUAAUUUCACAGAAUACCUUUUAGAAAGAAAAUAGACCUAGCAGAGACAGAUGCAUUCUAAACUGCCUACUCAGUAGCAAGUCAGUUUGUUCCCCUCAGAAUUACCUUUCAUGUAGGGUAGCUACAAUUCAACCAUGCUGACUUGUAAUGGAGUGGUUUAAUGGAUCAACAAAAUGCUUACUUGUGAACCUGUCUAAUAAAACUUCAUACAUUUUUUACACUGUGAUCUUUGCUGUCCUGUUCCUCCUGCUGCCAUGGGGA